AUGAACAGCAAAUCAUUAUUGUUGCUAGCAACAAUUGUACUGGCAUUGCUAGUACAUAUAUCAAUAUGUCAAGUUAACAUCGCAAAGCAUAUGGUAGAGUUUGAUGAGGAUGAAUUCGAAGGUGUUGAGCCAAUGAAUAUAAUCAAUGAAGAGUUGGAGCAGCAAUAUGAGGAGCAGGUCUAUGAAGAGGAGAAUACAGAGAGUGGAUCAAGCGCAACAACAUCGGAUACUGCUGCUAAUGCCUCACAAGAAUCAAAAGAGUCGGCAUCAGCAGUGAAGAAGCAGAAUAAUUGGUUCAUGGAGAUCUCGUUCGUGGCAUUCAUCAUUGGUUAUGGAAUCAACUACUUUGUCGGAAAGAAGACCAACCAGGAGCUCGUCACCAUCUGGGGACGUCGUUUCCGUCCACUGUUUGAGUCCAACUUCACCUACCUCGGCGACAAGCAGAGCUACGUCAUCAUCAAAGUGGAUCCAAACACCUACGUCUUCACAUGCAGUGGUCGUGUCAACUGCCAAGGUGCCCAAGUCACCCUUACUCUUAAGAAGCGUCAAGACCUCUUCCAUGUCAUUAUGGACUUGGUUGGAUAUGCCGAUCCAGAUCGUAUCUCUAUAGAGAUUGCAUUGAACAGCGAUGUCAUGGAGCCAAUGAUCUUUGCUGUUAUCAAGAACAAGAGCUUCAAGAAGUUUAAGAGCGACAACAAUGAUGUUUCAUUGUUCUGCUCCAAGCAAGCUCUGCCAUAUGGCCUCAACAGCACAUAUGCUGUACUCUCUGAUACAGAGUGUCUCCCAACUCUUCUUCUCAAGCCAGAGAUCGCAGCCACACUCAACAGCCACGAGAACUUCUUCGAGUCAAUGCACUUUACCGAUCACUCAUUGAUCAAUCCAAAGUAUCCAAAAACAUUGUCAUUCUCGUACAAGUUGCCAAGCGUCAAGGAUAUGGACAAGAUCCAACCAUUGACAUCAAUGGCACUGCAGUACAUUGACUACAUUGCCAAUGUUAAGCUCCCACCUCAGUACAAAGCCAAGGCUGAGAAGUUGAGAGCCAAGGAGCGUGAGGAAUUGUUCAAGCAACAGCAUCUCGAGAGACAGGAGCAAGCACAAAAGAAGAAGUUUGAGAAGGAGCAGAAGGAGAAGGAGAAGAUCGCCAAGCUCACCCCAGAGGAGCAGCGCAAGAGAGACGACAAGGAGUACAAGGCUCUGUUGAAGAAGAGACAAGCAAAAGGAAAGAUUGUCGUUGGAUAG